AGGAAAUAGUUAUGCAGGACAUCUGGGUUGCAUGGUUGGGGUGUAUUUAGUUAGAUGGUGGUGGGCAUAUAGAUAAGCCACAAUCUAAUGAUUCAAGGAAAGCUGCAUCACAAGAAUGGACUUUAAUAGGGAUUGAGACAAGGAAAUAAGGCUGUGCCAGGCAAAGGGACUGUUAUUACUAUUAUUAACUACAUUACAUUCAUACCUCACCUUUCUUCGCCUUGCUAGGAACCCAAGAUGACUUACAAGUUUCUCCUCCUUUCCAUGUCAUCCUUACAACAACCACUGUGUGAAGUAUUAGAAUUGUUAGAGACUGAUGGAUCUGGAUGGAUUCAAGAGAGCUUUGGGGGAGUACCCAGCUGAUAUGGUAGGCACUCCUGUCGAACCCCAGACUGACUGAAAAGACAUUAAUCAGAAAAGUGUAUUUCUAUAUAUGAUGGAACAUACAUUUCAAGACUGGAGUUUUGAUGUCUGUUUCAGUGAUUUAAGGGAGAAGUGGGACAAAUGUGCUCGUUCUCCUGUCUGAUGUCCCACAGAAUAAUUCAGCAUGUUUUCUACAUAAAAGAAAAAUUCAGGUCUGCAACAUUGUGAAGCUGUAGUAUGAAUAUGGGUGAAAAGAAACCAGAGCCUCUGGAUUUUGUAAAAGAUUUUCAAGAAUAUCUGACUCAGCAGACUCACCAUGUGAACAUGAUUUCAGGCUCUGUUAGUGGGGACAAAGAAGCAGAGACUCUUCAAGGAGGUAAGCUAACCACAGUGCAAUUCAGCUUUUACUUAAAUGAAAGACUGCAUACAUAUUCUGCCUCUUCCAGGUUGUGGAAUAACUACGCAUGGAAUUUCCCAGUUUGUGUAUUGAUGCCAUUGUUAUGUUUUACAGCAGGGACAGAAGGUGAUCAAAAUGGACUUGAUCAUCCUUCAGUUGAAGUCUCACUGGAUGAAAAUUCAGGAGUGUUAGUAGAUGGGUUUGAAAGAACUUUUGAUGGAAAAUUAAAGUGUCGAUAUUGUAACUACGCCAGCAAAGGAACAGCACGCCUCAUAGAACAUAUCAGAAUUCACACAGGUGAGAAGCCACACAGAUGCCAUUUGUGCCCCUUUGCAUCUGCCUAUGAACGUCACCUGGAAGCACAUAUGCGGUCUCAUACUGGGGAAAAACCAUAUAAAUGUGAAUUGUGUUCCUUCCGUUGUAGUGACAGAAGCAACUUGUCUCACCAUCGCAGACGCAAACAUAAAAUGGUGCCUAUAAAGGGUACGAGGCCUUCCCUUAGUAGCAAGAAGAUGUGGGGUGUCUUGCAAAAGAAGACUGGUAACUUGGGGUAUAGCCGCAGAGCACUAAUUAACUUGAGUCCCCCCUCUAUGGUGGUUCAGAAGCCAGACUACCUUAAUGAUUUCACUCAUGAAAUUCCAAACAUUCAGACUGAAGCAUAUGAAAGUAUGACAAAACCAACGGAGACUGGUGGGUUGCCAAGAGAACCGCAAGACCUUAUGGUAGAUAACCCUUUAAACCAGCUAUCUACUCUAGCAGGACAGUUGUCUAGCCUUCCCCCUGAGAACCAAAACCCACCCUCUCCUGAUGUUGUACCGUGUCAAGAUGAAAAGCCUUUCAUGAUGCAGCAGCCUGCUGCACCAACCGUUGUUCCAGCAGUGUCAACCAGUAUUCCUCAGAGCUCAUCCCCUACAAGCCCUGAUCCUCGUCCUGCACAUUCUCAAAGAAACUACAGCCCAGUGGCAGGUCCGAGCAGUGACCACAGUGCUCAUGCCAGCACCCCAAGCAUAAGUAAUAGUCAACCAAGUACUCCAGCACCAACUCUUCCAGUUCAGGAUCCUCAGCUUCUGCAUCACUGCCAGCACUGUGAUAUGUAUUUUGCUGACAAUAUCCUUUAUACCAUUCACAUGGGAUGCCAUGGAUUUGAGAACCCUUUCCAAUGUAACAUAUGUGGUUGCAAAUGUAAAAACAAAUACGACUUUGCUUGCCAUUUUGCCAGAGGCCAACAUAACCAGCAUUGAUUGAAUACAAGUUACACCAUGCUUUCCUUUAUUUGUGUGCGUUAAAACACGUUGUCUGUCUCUUACUUGCUAAUGCGGAGGUUGUUUAUCCUCAGAACAAUCCAAUUAACUUUGGAAGCAAACCCCCGUACAUGCUAUCAUGGUUUGUACUCGGGUCAUGCUUGUUAGUCAUGCCAGCAUGUUUUAUUUGGUUCUUCAAAUGAAAAUGAGGCUUUUAGUGUAACUAGCCAUUUAAAAAAAAAUAGUAAAUGCAACGAAACAGGGGCUAGUAUUAGAUAAUGAGGAUUUCUGGACAAACAGUUGUCCAAGUAUAGCUUAUCCUCUACAUUAAGCUGUGUCACAAAAUAACCCACACAACUAAAUUCUACCACACUCAGAUAUGAUCAAUGUAAAAGCUAUAUGAUUGUUCCCUAAUAUAAAAAGGUUAAGGAGUAAUCAGCUAAGUAAUUUUUGUCUACAAAAAUAAUCUAGCAAAAACAUAGCUGCAGUAAAGCUAAGCUCCUGUGGUAUUAGUAAUAAUGGAAGCAUAGAAGAGUAAUAAUGUGAAAUAGGGUACUGAGACACCUCCAGUACUACUGACCUGUUUAAAGAAAUACAGAGCACCAGUGCCUAGUCUUAAAUGUCUGUAACUUUUAAAACUGCAAAAAGAAAAUGUUAGAACAAAAUGGGUAAUGUGUUAAAAUGAUGCACCAUAAAUGUCAUACCUAGUUUGCAGUGCAUUGCAUAUAGCUCCAUUGCCUUUAAAUGCUGAUGCAAAAAUAUUUAAAUGCAAAAAUCUGUUUUUGCCUUUUUGGGUACCAAUGUCCUAUUGAUGAAAAUGAAGCAGCAAGGUUGUAAGAGUAUAAUCCAUUCAGAUCUAGAAUAGGUGAUUUUAACAAUGAAUGCAUUUCCUUUUGAAAAUGGUAUUCUAAUAUCGUAAAGAGUUGUUGACAAGCCACACUGUUUUGGACUUGGCAAAGCAAGACAUGAAUAUGAAAAAUCACUAUGAUUAAUUGCAGAGGAUAUAAGAUAGCUGGCUGUCAACUGCUCUGCUUUCUUAAAAAACUAGGAAAAUGAAUAGGCACUUUAUAGAAAUUAUGCUAGCAAAACCUAUGGACGGCUAGCUUUGUUGUACAAGAAUCCCUAAUAUACAGGGAAAAACA